AUGAAGGUUACUAGUAGAGUCGUCUUGGCAUUAUCCGUCCUGGGGGCUGCAUUAGUGGAGGCAUUUGUUCCAUCCAGCGUGAUUGGUAGCUUGCAACAGCAGCAGUUUUCUCCAGUCAAGCCGUCAGCGGCACUGGACAGAACAUGGCGACAAGUAUCUCAGUUGGAUGCCCCUUCCACCGAAAACAAGAAGAAGGAAAACGGAGACGAACCCACCGUCUGGGAAUGCGACGAGGAAGCCAACUGCGUGGAAGUCGCAGCCUGUGACGAAGAACAGUGCCGCACCAGUUUGGACGUCAGAAUCCAUGGGACUUGGUACGAUCUGUCGGGCUGGCGAAAGGCCCAUCCAGCCGGUACCCAUUGGAUCGACUGGUAUGAUGGCCGUGAUGCCACGGAGGUUAUGGAUGCCUUUCACAGUGAAAAGGGAAGAAGCAUGGUACAACGUCUACCCAAGAGCGUUGAACCCACUGCUACCAUGCUAGAUUCGUUGGCGCCACCAGAUACCAAACUCCAAAUUGCAUUUCGCAAGUUCCGAACAGAACUUGAAGCCGAAGGGUGGUGGGAGCGAGAUACUUCCAUGGAUGUCAAACUGAUUGGGAUUUGGGGCUCUCUAGUCCUUGUGGCUGCUGCCACGGCUCACACUGUGGCCCCCUUUAGUAUCAUGGCGCUCAGUCUCUCCUUUACAGCCGCGGGGUGGUUGGGCCAUGAUUACUGUCAUGGUGUCGAUGAUUGGAGCGUCAGGCUCCGCAACUUUGCUGCUGUUGCUGCGGGACUUUUACCCACUUGGUGGGUAGACAAGCACAACAAGCACCAUGCUAUGACCAACGAAAAGGGAGUGGACGAGGAUAUUGCCACAGACCCUUUCCUGUACCAAUGGGCUCCUGAUCCAGCGGAUGAUUCGCCUCUGCGAAAGAUUCAGCAUUAUAGCUUUUUGGUAGCAUUCUCGUUCAUGUUUGCUCUCUGGAGAUACGAUUCUAUCAACUCUGCUAUUGCAAACUUGAAAAAGAACCGGAUGCACGCAGAAGAGGAAAUGAAGGGCCUGUUGAUACAUUAUGCUGUAUUACUCACUGUUUUCCCAGUGGGAGUUUGGGUCCCCGCCGUUUUCAUCAGUGGUCUCAUGUCGGCCUUGAUUGUCACACCGACGCAUCAAUCUGAGGAACUCUUCGAUGAAUUCCAGCCGGACUGGGUUGCUGCACAAUUCUUGUCCACCCGAAACGCUGUCACGACAAACCCCUUCUCUGAAUGGCUUUGGGGUGGUAUGCAGUACCAGUUGGAGCACCACUUGUUCCCCAGCAUGCCUCGCGCUAAAUACCCAGCCUUGAGAAACCGAUUAAAGAAGUUUGCCGAAGACAACGAAAUCCCAGGAGGGUACCGCGAAAGUGGCGAAUUUGAGAUCUUGAAAAUGAACCGGGACCUCUACAAGAAGAUCGCAAAGUCCCCUGCAGUGGAUGGGGCCAUCUCCACCCUAGGACGAGAAGGGCAGGUAGGGUCCAUCCAAUCAACAAGAAAAUAG